UGAUCGGUCUCUUGCCGAACAAGUCGAAGUAAUCUUUUAGUGAAUUUAGUUAAUAUUUUUUUUUUUUUUAUUUUUGAUAAAAUGAUAACGAUAUUUACGUUGGCUAUAAUAGCGCUAACCUAUCUAAUAUUCAAACGUAAUUUUUCGCAAUGGCAACGUUUGGGAUUUCCAACCGAUGAACCCUUUAAGACGCUUGUAAGACUAGUACGAAUGGAUCAACCAUUUGGCCUUAUAAUGGCCGACAUCUAUGCAAGUUGCCGGGAGAAAGUAAUUGGCACCUAUAUCUUCUUUAAGCCAGUAUUAAUAGUGAAAGACGUCCAAUUGGUACGGCAAAUUUUAAAAUCAGAUUUCGCCUGCUUUCAUAGUCGCGGCAUUUAUGUGGACGAAAAAAAUGAUCCGCUGUCGGCAAAUUUGGCAAGUUUGAAGGGAAUGUCAUGGCGUACGUUAAGAACAAAAUUGAGACCAUGCUUCACUUCGGAAAAACUGAAGGCAAUGUUUGAAACUAUUGAUGGCGUGGGCGAUGGGCUGAUCAAUUAUUUAGAGUUCCAGUUGGGCGAUGGCAACAGUCAUAGUUUGGAAAUAAAAAAUUUAUUGACAACCUAUGCAACCGACAUCAUAGGCACAGUAAUAUACGGUUUGGAUAUUGACAGUUUCAAAAAUCCGCACAAUGAAUUUCGUGAUUUGAGCGAUAGAAUCUUCAAUACAAAGAACUCUUCCAUGCUGAUCAAAUUCCGCCGAUUGAUGGUCUUCCUUUAUCCUCCUAUUGUAACCCAUUUGAACCGUUUGGGUCUACAAGACCCCGUAUUAUGCCGCCUUAGAGACAUUAUUAAAAAGAGAAUUAAACUUCGUGAAAAAAAGGGGGUUGUGCGCAAAGAUCUCCUACAGCUUCUUAUACAACUAAGGAACACUUUGAAAAUCGCCGGUGACAAUGAUACCGAUUGGGCCAUUGAACCUACGACGCAUAACCUUAAAUCAAUGUCUAUUGAUGUGAUAGCAGCUAAUGCAUUUCUUUUCUAUAUUGCCGGGUCGGAAACAACGUCAGCGACAACGGCUUUCACUCUUUAUGAGUUGGCAAUGAAUCCGAGAGUAUUGCUAAAUGUUCAGAGAGAAAUUGAUCGUAUUUUACAAAAACAUGGUUUGAAGCCAAAGGGACCUUUAACUUAUGAAGCUAUUCAAGAUAUGAAAUAUUUGGAUUUAUGUGUUAAGGAAACCACCCGCAAAUAUCCUGCCUUACCUUUUCUCACACGUGAAUGCACCCAGAAUUAUCGCAUACCCCAGUCUGAUCUCAUCAUACCAAAGGGCACACCAAUUUACAUUUCCCUUUUGGGUAUGCACCGGGAUCCUGAACUAUUUCCCCAUCCCCUAGAUUACGAACCAGAACGUUUUAUUGUUACGAGUGGUAAUGACUUGCCAUAUAUGCCAUUUGGAGAGGGGCCCAGACAGUGCAUAGCUCAACAUAUGGGUGUGAUGAAUGUCAAAAUAGCCCUGGUUAAAAUUCUAGCCAAUUUCAAUAUUAAGGAAAUGAAACGAAAAGAAGUUGAAUUUGCGUUUCAUACAGCCUCCGUCCUGGUGCCCAAAAAUGGCCUUCGUAUCAAACUUUCAAAACGGAUUUGAAUCAUUUAUUUAAUAAAAUUUAAUACAUAAAAUAUUAGAAUUUAAUGAAGGUUAAGAGAUUUUUGUGAUACAGUUUUAAGACAAAUAUUCAAUAAAAGGCAAUUAAAUGUUUCAGAAAUGGAUU